AAAAACAGGCAGCAGGUGUGGAUCCAACGAUCUCACGUGUUCCUGGACACCUCCCACCCCCACGGGUCCAUCCCGGUGGGGGGACAGGGGGUGACCCCGGUGCCCCCUCCCACCCGAAGCCGCCCCUCUGCGCAGGUUGGGGAGAUCCUGAGCUCUGCGGACCCCUCGGCCAAGGCCAGGCUGACCAUCAGCUGCCCGGAUUUCGGGGAGUGGAGGGACUCGGGCUUGGAGCACCACAACCUGCAGGACUUCAUCGAGCUGCGCUACAACCCCGGCUGCGUGCUGCCGGAGAUGGAGGGGCUGGAGGAGUUCAUGGAGUACCUGUCGGAGUCCCUGGAACCCCAGUCCCCCUUCGACCUCCUGGAGCCCCCCACCAUGGUGGGCUUCCUGAAGCUCUCCAAGCCCUGCUGCUACAUCUUCCCGGGCGGGAGAGGCGACUCGGCUUUCUUCGCCGUCAACGGCUUCAACGUCUUGGUCAACGGCGGCUCCAACCCCAAAUCCUCCUUCUGGAAGCUGGUGCGGCACCUGGACCGCAUCGACUCCAUCCUGGUGACGCACGCGGGCACGGACAGCCUGCCCGGCAUCAACAGCCUGCUGCAGAGGAAGCUGGCCGAGCUGGAGGAGGACCCGUCCCAGAGCUCGCAGGGCAACGGCGACUGGGCCAAGAACCUGAUCUCGCCCGAGCUGGGCGUCGUCUUCCUCAACGCCUGCGAGAAGCUGAAGGACAUCGAGGGCGACUCGCGGGUGCUCAAGAGCUGCGACGAGGCCGCGCUGACCCUGCACUACCUGGACAAGCUGGGCAUCCGGCCCAACCUGCUGGCCCGCGACGGCGGCCCCCGCGCCGAGCCCACCGUGCUCUUCCAGAAGAUGGGGGUGGGCCGGCUGGACAUGUACGUGCUGAACCCCGUGAAGGGCACCAAGGAGCUGGAGUUCCUCCUGCAGCACUGGGCGGGGAACGGCUUCCCCAAGGAGCAGGAGCUGCCGCUGCAGUGCCUGACCUCGCUGUGCGUGCUGCUGGUGUGGCACCCCGUCAGCCGCUCCGAGAAGAUCAUCCGCGUGCUGUUCCCCGGCUGCACGCCCCAGGCCCGCAUCCUGGAAGGGCUGGAGAAGGUGAAGCACCUGGAGUUCCUCAAGCACCCCGUGGUCACCAAGAACGACCUGAAGGGGACGGCGCAGGCGGAGAAGGCGCCCAAGCAGAGGAGGGCGGAGAGCAAGGAGAGCCUCAAGUCGGGCUCCAGGCUGAGCUUGGUGGAGGCCGCGGCGCCGGCGCCAAAGGAGAAGGCUCCCAAGGUGGAGAAGAAGGAGGUGAAAUCCGGGACCAAGGAGAAGCCAAAAUCCCUGGGGGACGCGGCCAGGACGGGGUCAGAAGAGGAGAAAGCCAAGGAUGGCCGAGCCAAGCCGGAGUCGGCGGCAGAGAAGGCGAAGGGGGACGCGAAGCCGAAGGCGAACAAGGAGAAGGCGGCGCCCAAGAAGGAGCCGGCUGCCAGGAAGGAGGAGAAGAAGCCACCAAAGAAAGACGAGGGGGCCGAGGCCAAGAGGGAGGUGAAGGUGGUGAAGAAGGAGGCCAAGGCCGAGACGCUGCGGAAGGACUCCAAGGACAGCAAGGCUGAGGCCAAGGCUCCGGCCAAGGCUCCGGCCCGGAAAACGCCGGUCCCGGAGAGCCGCAAAGCCCCGGCCAAGGCCGGCAGCGUCAAGAAGUCCCUGCUGAAGAAAGAGCCGGAGAAACCCAAGGCUAAAAGCGGCCAGAAGGAGCCGGGAGCCUCGGACGGCUCCAAGUCCUCCUCCCCCGAGGAGAUGCUGCCGGAGGCCGAGCAGGAGGGCGCGAGGAGGAGGAAGGAGGAAUCCACGGAUGAAGGCAUCGCCACGGCCGACAGCGAGCUGGAGCCUUUAUCCCUGGAGAACGGGGGGAACCGGCGCCCGGGGGUGCCGGGGGAUCCGUCCUGCCUGGAGAACGGCCUGGAAGAGCCCGAGAGCCCCCAGCGCUUGCGCUACCCGGAGAGCAGCCCCCUGCGAGCCGUGUGCCCCCCGUCCCCCAUGGCCAAGACCCCCAAGAGCGACCGCAGCGUCAACUUCGACGUGACGCCCACCGGGCUGCUCAACCACGGCCCCGAGGGCGCCGAGGAUCCCUGCGGCAGCUCCGAGGAGAAAACCCUGGAGAUGAUGUCCCCGGCCAGCUCGGGGCCGGCCAGCGCCGGCCACACGCCCUUCCACCAGGAUUUACCUGGCGGGGUCCUGAGCGGCUCCCGGAGCCCCCCGAGCGCCCCCCGGGCUUCUCCCGUGGUUGUGUGA